GUGCAUAUUUUUUAGCAUUAUUUAAAGAUAAAAAUGAACAAGCAAUUCAUUGGCCAGGAAAAAUUAAUUAUUUUUUACAACAUACUAUGCUUCUUCCAGCUAAUCAUACUCUUUGUAUUGUAGAUUGGUUUAACCAAUCAACUAUAUUACAAAAAAAUUAUUUUUUAUUACUUAAUGAGUUAGAUUUAAAAGAUAGACUUUCACUUGCUAAAAUUUGGGAAACAAAAUUUCAAACUAGAUCUUAUGAAAAGUUUUUUCCUGUUCAAAAAAUAUUAUGUAAAUUUGUUAGAGAAAAUUGUAAAUUAAAUAAUCAAUCUAAAUAUUUUUAUUGUGCUUUUGUGGUUUUUGCUUGUAAUGCUCGAUUUAAUUGGGAUGAGAUCAUUAUUGACC